AUAAAGAACAAUGGAAACAAGCUCUGGACAAUGAAUAUUCAGCUCAUAUUAAGAACAAUACAUGGACAUUAGGGAAUCUGCCUGAGGGUCGUAAAGCUAUUGAUUGUCGAUGGGUAUUUAGAGUUAAAUACAACGCGGAUGGGUCUGUAGAGCGCCACAAAGCUCGUUUAGUUGCGAAAGGAUACUCACAAGAACUAGGAUUAGAUUAUGAUGAAACCUUUUCUCCUGUUGCGAAGUAUACAUCUAUUCGUUCACUAUUGGCAAUUGCUAACCAGUUAGAUUUAGAAGUACAUCAAAUGGACGUUUCUACAGCGUUCUUGAACGGUGAAUUGGAAGAAGAAAUAUACAUGAAGCAACCAGAAGGAUACGUGAAAGAAGGUGAGGAAGAUUUAGUUUGCAAAUUAAACAGGAGUAUCUACGGCUUCAAGCAGUUAUCAAGGUGUUGGUACAACACGAUUGAUCAAUUUUUAAAGAAUUCCGGCUAUGUACAAUCGAACUCGGACCCUUGUCUGUACAUAAAGCGAGAGGGAGAUGAUAUCAUGCUCAUAGCCUUGUGUACGUCGAUGACUUGAUACCAGCUAGUAAUAGUAAGAGAAUGCUUCAUAAAGAGAAAGAAGCAUUGAGAAAGCGUUGCGAAAUGAAAGAUCUCGGUGAAGUUCAUUAUUGCCUUGGUAUUCAAGUAGAACGAGAUAGAAACAGGAAACGAAUGAGAUUACAUCAAUCACAGUAUCUCACGAACUUGUUGAAGAAGUUUGGAAUGGAGAAAUGCAAACCAGCUGCAACGCCUGUUGAUCAAGGCACUAAAUUACUACCUAACGAUGGAGAACCAGUUGAGAAAACCAAGUAUCAAGCCUUAAUCGGAGGAUUAACUUACGCGGCAACUGGCACUAGACCUGACCGCGCUUAA